UCUUUUAAAGCUCUUUUCAAUUUUUUUUUUUUUUUUUUUUUUUUUUUUUUGUUUUGCUUUGUUUUGACGAGGCUCUGAAAGGUAAAAGAUGAAAGAUAUCGCCACCACUCGCGGUUGCUCAUCUGCAGGACAAUUCAUUCCACUUUUUUUUUUCCAAGUUUUAAUAUAACCUGAGAAACGGGAAGGGCAUGCGAAUCAACAGCAGAGGCGUUGUACUAUGUAUUCGAUGAGCCGUGAAUAAACUAUAAAAGCUUUCAGACGAGUUCAUUUCCUUUUUAUGUGAUGUGUAAUAUGAUGAAGAUAAUUCUCUCAGUGUGCCUAGUAAUACUCGUGACACAGCAAUGCAAAGGGGACAGCAGUGAAGACGAAGAUGAGCCACUCGGAGGAGUCAGCAUCAAAGUGUUUAGAGGUCCUUCAAAGAAAGUCAAUGGCCGACAAAUAUUCGCACCAUUUGGAUACUACGUCAAAAUGCCAGCAGAUACUAACAAGCGAAAGAAGUCCGAAGACGAGAGCGAUGACGACAACGAACAAUUCAAUGACGAUGACAAAGAGCAAUUCAAAGACGAUGAUAACGAACAAUUCAAUCACGACGACGACCAUUUCAAUGAUGGAAGUGCAGAAAAUAUGGACGAUUUUUGAGUGAAUGUUAGUUUGCCAACGUUAAGCUUCGAAAUACACUCAUACUGUCAUCUCAUGUAAAACAUCCCUCAUCUGUGUACAAUUCAUACAAUAAAGAUUAAUUUAAUUUUC